GCUGCUGAGCAGCUGCAGGACAUCCUGGGGGAGGAAGAUGAGGCUCCCAACCCCACCCUCUUCACAGAGAUGGACACUCUACAGCAUGAUGGGGACCAGAUGGAGUGGAAGGAAUCAGCCAGGUGGAUAAAAUUUGAAGAAAAGGUAGAGGAAGGAGGAGAACGCUGGAGCAAGCCCCAUGUGUCCACGCUGUCCCUGCACAGCCUCUUUGAGCUCCGCACUUGCCUGCAGACAGGGACGGUGCUGCUGGAUCUGGACAGUGGCUCUCUACCACAGAUCAUAGAUGAUGUCAUUGAGAAGCAGAUAGAGGGUGGACUUCUGCGACCAGAGCUCCGGGAAAGGGUCAGCUACGUGCUCCUGAGGAAGCAUCGCCACCAAACCAAGAAGCCCAUCCACCGUUCCCUUGCAGACAUUGGGAAGUCGGUUUCUACUACGAAUCGCAGCUCUGCCCGGAGCCCCUCAGCAGGCCCAACUCUGCACCACUCCACCGAGGACCUGAGGAUUCGGCAAAGCACCAGCUAUGGUCAUCUGUGUCAUGCCCAAAGUAGAAGCAUGAAUGACAUCUCCCAUACUCCAAACACAGACCAGCGGAAAAACAAAUUCAUGAAGAAGAUCCCCAAGGACUCAGAAGCCUCCAACGUGCUUGUGGGCGAGGUGGACUUCCUGGACCAGCCAUUCAUUGCGUUUGUUCGUCUUGCCCAGUCUGCCAUGCUGGGAGGGGUGACAGAGGUGCCUGUCCCCACCAGAUUUCUGUUCAUACUUCUAGGACCUUCUGGGAGAGCAAAGUCCUAUAAUGAGAUUGGCCGAGCCAUUGCAACCCUCAUGGUGGAUGAUCUCUUCAGCGAUGUGGCUUAUAAAGCUCGGAAUCGAGAAGAUCUGAUUGCGGGAGUUGAUGAAUUUCUAGAUGAGGUCAUUGUCCUUCCCCCUGGAGAGUGGGAUCCAAACAUCAGAAUUGAGCCGCCCAAGAAAGUUCCCUCAGCCGACAAGAGGAAAUCUGUGUUCUCUCUGGCAGAGCUGGGCCAGAUGAAUGGCUCUGUGGGCGGAAGUGGAGCCUCGGCCGGAGGAGGCGGCAGUGGCGGAGGGGCUGGAGGCAGCGGGGCCGGCGGAGGAGGCAGUGGCAACGAGGCUGAGAUGCCAGCUAUGCAUGAAAUUGGGGAGGAGCUGAUCUGGACCGGAAGGUUUUUUGGAGGACUGCGUCUGGAUGUAAAGAGGAAGCUGCCCUGGUUCCCAAGUGACUUCUAUGAUGGCUUCCACAUCCAGUCCAUCUCUGCUGUCCUGUUCAUCUACCUCGGCUGUAUCACCAACGCUAUCACCUUCGGUGGGCUUCUGGGGGAUGCCACAGACAAUUAUCAGGGAGUAAUGGAGAGCUUCCUGGGCACUGCCAUGGCCGGCAGCUUGUUCUGCCUCUUCUCGGGGCAGCCUCUCAUCAUCCUCAGCAGCACAGGACCCAUCCUCAUCUUUGAAAAACUCCUCUUUGACUUCAGCAAGGCCAAUGGCCUGGACUACAUGGAGUUCCGCCUCUGGAUUGGUCUUCACUCAGCCAUCCAAUGCCUUAUCCUGGUGGCCACAGAUGCCAGCUUUAUCAUCAAGUAUAUCACCCGCUUCACCGAAGAGGGCUUCUCCACCCUCAUCAGUUUCAUCUUCAUCUACGACGCCAUCAAAAAGAUGAUUGGUGCCUUCAAAUACUAUCCCAUUAACACGGACUUCAAGCCCGACUCCAUCACCACCUACAAAUGCGAGUGCGUCGCUCCUGACACAGUGAAUACAACCACUGUCAACGACUCAGCCCUGCUGGUGCCAAACACCAACAUGUCUGUGUACACCCCCCUUAACCUCACAGCGCUGGACUGGUCUCUGCUGAGCAAGAAGGAAUGUCUGAGCUAUGGGGGGCGCCUGCUUGGGAGCUCCUGCCAGUUCGUCCCCGACUUGGCCCUCAUGUCCUUCAUCCUUUUCUUUGGGACUUACUCCAUGACCUUGACUCUGAAGAAAUUCAAAUUCAGCCGCUAUUUCCCCACCAAGGUCCGAACCCUGGUGGCUGACUUCUCCAUUGUUUUCUCCAUCCUGCUGUUCUGUGGAAUCGAUGCCUGUUUUGGCCUGCAAACCCCCAAGCUGCACGUGCCUAAUGUCAUCAAGCCCACAAGGCCUGACCGAGGCUGGUUCGUUGCCCCCUUUGGGAAGAAUCCUUGGUGGGUGUACCCUGCCAGCAUCCUGCCGGCCCUGCUGGUGACCAUCCUGAUCUUCAUGGACCAGCAGAUCACUGCUGUCAUUGUCAACAGGAAGGAGAACAAGCUGAGGAAGGCUGCCGGCUACCAUCUGGACCUGUUCUGGGUGGGCAUCCUCAUGGCCCUGUGCUCCUUCAUGGGGCUCCCCUGGUAUGUGGCUGCCACGGUCAUCUCCAUUGCUCACAUCGACAGCCUCAAGAUGGAGACGGAGACCAGUGCCCCAGGGGAACAGCCCCAGUUCCUGGGGGUCAGGGAGCAGAGAGUUACUGGAGUCAUGGUCUUCAUUCUGACAGGCAUCUCCGUCUUCCUGGCUCCUAUCCUGAAGUACAUCCCCAUGCCAGUGCUCUAUGGAGUCUUCCUCUACAUGGGUGUGGCCUCCCUGAAUGGCAUCCAGUUCUGGGACCGCUGUAAGCUUUUCCUCAUGCCAGCCAAGCACCAGCCGGACCACGCCUUCCUGCGCCAUGUGCCCCUUCGCCGGAUCCAUCUGUUCACCCUGGUGCAGAUCCUCUGCCUGGCCCUGCUCUGGAUCCUUAAGUCAACCAUGGCUGCUAUCAUCUUCCCGGUCAUGAUCCUGGGCCUAAUCAUUGUUCGAAGGCUCCUGGACUUGAUUUUCUCCCAGCAUGACCUGGCCUGGAUUGACAAUAUCCUCCCAGAGAAGGAGAAAAAGGAGUCAGACAGGAAGAAGAAGAGGAGGAAAGAUGUCCACGAGAACACGGACGAGGAGCCCCAGUUCCUUCCUCCCUCAGUUGUAAAGAUCCCAAUGGAAGGUAUCCCAUCUGAUCCCCAAAACGGUAUCCACUGUGUUGCCAGAAAAAGAUCUUCCAGUUGGAGCCACUCUCUCUGACUCCUCCUUCAGUGCCUCAGAACCAGAUCGAAGCAUCACCCUGCAUUUCAAAAUCUCUUGUCCGGCUUCACCUGCUUUCGGCUACUCACGGAGUCCGGUCUUCAUGGUGCCGCAGGUGAGGAUAGAGAUGGACUCUGACCUCAACCUCACAGACGACGAGGAGGACUAUGGGAGAGAGGUGGGUGGGGAGACCACCCUCUAGUCCUGCAUGGUUCUUCCAGGCUGGGGGCAGGGCAAAGCUGGCCCUGGCUUCAUCUAGAGUGUGUGUCAGGCCUUUCACCUGCUUCCUGACCCACUGACCAGAUAGAUAACUGGAGGCCUUUCCGGGAUGUCUGACAGAGACACGAAGCUCCCUGCUUCUCUUUGCAGUUCUUAAAAUACCUAAAACACACGGCUUAAAAUGCCACACGGCAUAGAUAGGAUCUUUCUUGUGAGAAGAACAAAAAUGUUUUCCAAAGUUACAAAUAAGAUAAAGGGCCAGUGGUGGGCGCACAUUUAAAAUGUGUACUGAUGUAGUCUCUUCUGUUCAAAUCAAACCCCGGUUUAGUCUUUCGAAGGUUUGAUGGACGUCGAAGUGAUGGCCUUGAAGGUCUAAAUGUGUUGUGCAGGUUUGCACGGUAGGACAUGACUGGGUAGUUCUUUCCCUCCUUCUGCUUGAAGUCCAGUCCUCCGUUCAGUGGACCUGGCUGUUCAAGUGGGGCUGUGCCUUUCACACACUGAAAAGCCAGUUCUAAAUCACUCCUAGGAGAACCUGUGUAUCAGCGGAUUGUUUCUGUUUGUGGUGGGUGCUCACUGUGUACCCUUCAGUUUUCCUGGAACUCCUGUGUAGAUCAGGCUAGCCUCAGAAUUCAGAGAGCCACCCGUCUGGCUCUGAGUGGAUUGUUUUUAAGGCAAAAUAGUAUCCAUUAAUUGAACUCUUGAGUCACACUAGGUCAACCAAACGACCCUUUAAAUUUGUCACUGGCUUCAUAACCUGGAGUUCCCCUACUUGUUGAUGUAUUUGAGUAGGUCCCUUUUUUCCCUGCACCCCAAUUUUGCAGUAACUAAAGCCCAGAUUUCCAAUCUCAAGAACACUGCAUGUAGGGUAGCUAAUGGUGGUCAGGCUAGUACUCUAUACAAGUGGUUGGAAGAAACACCAUUCCCAACUGGGUGAAACGGUCCAGCUCUUCACUGAUCCAAACCCUGUCCAACACAAACGUGUUUAUCUUCCAUCGUACUAAUCCCAGGAGAGCUAAAAGCAUCCGUCAGUCUCGCCGACCUGCAAUAGCAUUCUAUCCAGACUCAGCCGUAGCAUCGUCACAGACUCGGAGAGCAGUGUGCUUCAUUAACCAAACUGGCUGGGAAACCAGUUAGUUCUUAAGAGGUUGAUCACUUUAUCUAAUUUUUACCUUAAAUAUCGUUUAUAUUUUGUGUACACAUGAACAUUUUUACCUUUAAUAUGCUGGUGUAUUAACCCUCCAUUCACUAAGGAAUUCAUUUCCUCCAUCUCUAAUGUAAACUGCUCUUCAAUAAAAUUUAAAUCGUGUCUGCUUACCUUA